GUAGAGAAGAUGGUGCGUAAAUUGGUACGCGAAUAUUGUAAAUAUUUUAAAAAAAUGAUGAUUUCAACAUCCUUUCAAAACAACAUAUAUAUAUGGAUUUAUGGAACGCUUUUUUAAACCAGUAAUGUUCUAAGCAAACUUUAAAAUAAACCAUCCAGGCAUUUAAGCGAAAUGUGCAAUAGGUGUGCAGAUAUAGCCUCUUAUGACAUGGAACUAUUAUCUUUCGAGAAACAUGGAUCCCGUUCUCAGGAUCGUGUAGUUCGUGAUAUAAGUUGCCGUUAGCGUACAUUUAUGAGAGGUUCAACAAUCAAAAUCUGUCGUUUUAUCGUGAUUGUGUAAUAUAAGUUAGCGUUGGACCAUCGCGCGUUCGAAAUAAUGGGAACGUGCAUCACAAGGCAGGACGACUGCGCUGACCAAAAAGACGUGGAUUCGUACGAUGUGCAAUGUGUGGUAUCCAGUGAAGAUAUGCGCGUGGAUAAAUUUACCAUUAUCACAUCUACUCCAAGUCAACAGCAGGAAAUAACAAAACAAAGCCAAGUCAACGAUGAAAAAGUUUACAGAAGUAGGCCACCCUAUUUGGAAGACACAGACACUUCCGACCAAGAAUCAAGCUGUUCUGAGGAAAGUGAUGAAUUUGAUACCGACAUGGAAGACUGUCUGAAAGAAAUGGUCACGCUAUUAGAUAACGGCUACAUACCAUCUAAUACAAAAAACAACGAAUGGGGUAAUAUCGCCAGCAUGAUUUCAUAUAACAGUUACUUGAACUUCAAAAAGGACUCUUCCAAAAUCAAUGAACUAUGUGCAUUAAUAGAAGAUUCAUUUGAAGAUCAACUGGCUCACUUAAUUGGCAUUUCUUCUGAUAUUGUAGACGAUGAUCACCCUCAUUCAUUAAGUUUAGAUGAAGAAAUUGUUCAGCAUGUUGGAGGAAAUUUCACGCAGAAUCGACUUGAAGAGCACGACGAUUCGAGACGCAAAUAUGAAAGACUCAGUUUACAAAUGUUUCCUGAAGAAAUCAUAUAUAGACGGGAAAUUGAACGGAGAAAGUCCAUUGUACAGGGACGCAUAGCACACCUUACUGAUAAAAAGCAGCAGGCUGAUUCUUCUAAAGUUCCUGCCGUCUCUUCUUUUAUGAUGCACUCUUCUGCGGGUUCAAAACAAUUGGAGACAAUGAUGGGUAUAAUGGGCUACAGCAAAGAGUGCAUUGACUACCGAGUCGUUGCGUGUAGGGAACGUGACAGGAUUCUGUCAAACACUCGUGACAGCAUGACACGAAUCACUGUGGGAAGCAAGGCAGAAGGUGUGGCUUGUUGGCUUGAAAGUGACUACGACGUUAUGCUUGUAUCAACUGAUAUACUAUGUGUGGAAAGUGAUAUCACACAUAUCAUUAAAAUUUCAAACACGAAUCACAAAACAAUUCUCGAAGUUAGAUCAGACGCUUGUUAUCCUGGAUACUGCCUGCUCGAUUUGAAAUAUCGAGGUGAAGCAUGUCUUCUCGUUACUGAAAAUGUAUUUAGCACUGAUACAAACGGAAAUAAGAUAUUAGGCAGCGAGGCAUUCAUUGACAAUGCGCCAUAUGUUAGUUUUGAAGAAGAUCGUGUUUUAUAUCCUCGAUCAGGGCCAUCUUUCCCUGUAUCGGACGGACCCCUUCGUUACGACUUGGUGUAUGCCUUGCGAUGCCUUUGUCCAAGUAUCUUAAAAAGAUGGGCAAAACGACCUCGCGUUUGGCCACCGAAUAUUAUAGUUGAGAAAGUCGUACGCAUGGGAGGAUAUGUUGUUCCGGUCGGAUUCAAAGGGAGCGACAAUAAACAUAUGGAGUGGAGGAUUUGUUUUACCACUGGAGAGACGGAACUUGUUCGCAAUUUGAAUGACAUUCUGAUAAAAGUGUAUGUAUUGCUGAAGAUGAUUGUUAGGGAUGUACUGAAACCAAAGAACAAGGAAAUUACCUCAUACGUAGUAAAGAACCUUGUGAUGUGGCUAGCAGAGAGGAGCCCAACUGAAAUGUUUUCGCCUGACAUGUUAUUAUACUGGCUGCGUGUGGCCUUAAAUGAACUCAAAACUGCGAUAAAAAACACAAAUUUGAAUAAUUAUAUGAUUCCCGAGAGAAAUCUGUUGGAAUGCUGUGGAUUGACUGACAAACAAAAGAUAACAUGGGAAGCAAUUAUAACAGAAAUGAUCAAAGAAGGCCCAAAGUUACUAAUAAGACUGUCUAAGUUUCGUAGAGCAAUAAUCGCCUAUCCUGAACCACUGCUCACUUACUGCAAGUGGAAAAUAUUGCUGGAGGUACUUGUAAUUGAGGACGUGAAAAGACGCAAAGAGUUAGACCCAAAUAAUGAAUUACCGGAAAUGGAUAUUUUGCUGGUUGAAGAAAGGGAACGUUUUAAAAAGAAUAUAAAUAAGUUAGACCCAAACAAUACAUUAACGGAACAGGAUAAUGUGUUGGUUGAAGUUAAUGAACGUAUUGAAAAGAUUCUUAUAAAUAUACAAAAAGCGUUAAAACAGGAGGGUUGGGUUAUCAAUUAUGAAGAAAUACUCGUAAAAAUGUUAAGUUAAUUAUAAUUUCGCGCGCAUGACAAAUGUGACAUUGAAAUAUAGGCAAUGACCGUAGGUAAAUAAUUUGCAACCGAUGAACACUAAAUUUAGCAGUUAGGCAUGUUCAAUAAUAAUGCAACCAACGAGUUACAAACGAGUGUAAAAUUAAGAUGACGUUAAUGAGUGAAUACAAUGUUAGAUUGUCGGAUGAAAGAAUCUUUUUGAAUUAAAAAUUGAUAUUCAAAUAAUACAUGAAACUUAUACUCAAAAUUUAAUUUGUGUUUCUUUUUAUUCAAUUGUUUGUGUAUAUCUACAUGAUAAAUGUUCUAAAUAAAAUAGAAACAAAACAAAGAAGAUAAUACUGAUAUGUGUACAAUUAAAGUUUUGUUUAUAAAAAGACAAAUUUAAGAAAUUACACUUGUGUCAAGUAAUUAACCAUAAGUCUGUUUUUGCAGGUUAAGCUAACAAUUUCAAACUUUUAAAAUAGCCACAUACCAAAAUCUAUUUGUUCUAAUUUAUGAUUUGUAGAAGAUAUUAAUUAGCGGCCAAUGCUAUCUAAAUUUGAUGUACCGGUAAUCAUUGCAACGAACCAAAUCGUAUGUGUGAAAAUAAAACUUAAAGUCAUAUUGUGUAGCAAACAACAGUGAUUUUCUUCGAAUGCAGCAACACGUAUAGCCAGGCUUUUCUUGGUUCAUGUUGGUUAUAUAUACGCAGUUUAUUUUUCACAUUUUAGAUUUGUUUAUUUCACGUAAGCAGUCAAGGGUGAUGAUAAUUUAUGCACUGACGUAGAAUUUAGCAACGAAACUAUCUGCUAUUGUAUUCAGUGAUAACGUAUGAUCAACAUAUUUGAAGUUAUCAAUAUAUGAUCUAAAAUUAA